GCUUUUAUUUUUGCUUCAUCGAUUGUAACAAGUCCAAAGCCUGCUAGUAAGGAUAAGGCUUUUGGCAUAUUUAAGAGAAAAAAAAGAAAAAGAAGGCCUCUAGACAUUUAAAGCCAGAAACCUUUUUCUUUUUCCCCCUCUUGCUUUUUUUUUCACAGUUUCUGUUAUGGAUGAAGAAUUAUUCUUGAAGCAACGAUUAGCGCUUGAUGAUCGUGCUGUCAAAGGAUUAGAGAAAAAAGUGUUUACGUUUCUACAUACUUUAGGCACAGAAUCAGUUGAAUCAGCACAACAUUCAUUUGAAAAUAUUUUAAUUCAGUUACUAAGCUAUCAAACAAACCUUGAACGAAAUCCAAUAAUUGAACAUGUUAACGUCAAGGAUAUUAAUGAAUAUAACGCGAUAGUAGAAAGAACAGCGGUGGCGCAAAGGGAGGCUAUGAGGGAUAUUGUUAGUUUAAAACAAGAUCUGUUGGCUGCUCAAAAGAUACGAAACCAUAAAUUAGAAUAUGAUAGAGUAGCAAGAGAGAUUAUGAAAUUGGAUACUAGAGACGCAUAUACAGAGUCUAUAACACAAUUAAAGAAGGAGAUUGAAGUAUUACAAAGAGAAAAGAUCAAUAAACUGAUUGCCUUGGAAAACCGCAAGAAGAACCUGUCACAGGCAGUACAAAACCUGAAGGAUUUACAAAGAUCAGUUGAAGAGGAAAGAGCAAUGAUGGUAAGAAGAAGAGAAAGGUGUGAUGAAUGCUUGUUUUAAACACAUAUUUUUAGACUGACGAUAAGAGAAUGGUAA